CCGGGCGCGGAAUCCUGGGAUGUAUUAGGAAGAGCUUUGCUAGCAGGCAGAGGGAGGUGUUCCAGUACCUCUGCUCAGCCCUAGUGAAGCCACAUCUGAAGUGCUGUGUCCAGCUCUGGGCUCCUCAGAACAAGAGGGACAUCGAGAUCCUGGAGCCGGUCCAGAGGAGGGUGACAAAGAUGAUUAAGGGACUGGAGCAUCUCUCUUACGAGGAAAGGCUGACGGAGCUGGGUCUGUUUAGCCUCCAGAAGAGAUGGCUGAGAAGGGACCUCAUUAAUGUGUAUAAAUAUCUAGUUCUAAGAGGAUGGAACCAGGCUCUCGGUGGUGCCAAGCAAUAGGACAAGAGGCAACAGGCAGAAACUGAUGCACAGGAAAUUUCACUUGAAUAUGAGGAAGAACUUCUUUACUGUGUGAGUGACCACGUGCUGGAACAAGUUGCCCAGAAAGGUUGUGGAGUCUCCCUCACUGGAGAUAUUCAAGAACCGUCUGGACACAAUCUUGUGCAAUGUGCUCUGGAAUGACCCUGCUUGAGCAGGGAGUUUGGACCAGGUGACCCACGAUGGUCCCUUCCAACCUGAUCCAUUCUAUGAGGUGACGUGUGGGGGGCAGGUGGGAGGUGCUGCCACACAUGGAGAGCUCCGUGCUGCUCUGCGCUCCUGGAGCCACCAUGGGGAGAGCAGACCUUUCUCUAGUCUCUGCCCACCACAGGAAAAGGGAGCCAGCAAGCUCCCCCGUGCCCCCAUUCCCGGGGAGCCGGUCUGUGGCAGCUGGUGGAGAACAUGUGUGUGCCCCGUGGGUGUUUGUGCCUCCAGCCACUUCCCCACGGAUACCUCACCGAGAGCAGCAGGACGGCUGGGUGGGAGCUGGGGAGCUCUAAAGCCUCUGACGGCCCCGGGCCAUCUCCCUGCCCUUGCUCAAAGGUGCAGCAGACAUUACCAGGCUUCAUCACACAAUGCCCUCUGCUGUGUUGGCAGGUGGAACUUCCUGGGUAUCAGUUUCUGCCCGUUGUGGAAUCCCCUGUGCUGAGUUGGGUAUGGUUCUUAACAUAUUGGUUCUUGAAUGUUGUCCAAAGAUGCUCUUUUAAAAAUGUCAAAAUGUGAUGGCAGCUUAAAAAAUCCUGUAGAAAAGCAUCAGUAGAACUGGUUGAAAAUGACACAUAAAUUACUACUCCAUUGCUAAUGGGGAGGUGAUUGUGUUGCUUUUCUGCAUCACUGAAAGGGCAGACUUAACUCCCUACGAAUUUCCCUUGGCACAGGAGCAAGACACAUGGGCCCGCUCCUGCUGCUGGAGCACAGGGGCAAGCUGAGACAACAGCUACGGGAAACUGAUGUCCGCAUCAUGAAAAACUCCCCGGAGCAAUCAAAACAUAGCACAGCUCGUGUCAGAGCAGUCGUCCGCUGCGCUUAAAGGCCUUAGUGAUGCACAAGCACGGCAUUUAAUUAUCGUUCACCCUUUAUACUGUGUACUUUCAUCAUCAUGGCUAGGCUUCGCGAACGAAGAUUUGUGUACUUUAUACUGACACCUAUAUCCGGUGUCUUGCUUCAGGAAAGUACAGAUAAAAAUGGAAAAAAGGCGUCUCUCCAGACUGACACUGCUGCCUAAGGCCACAGCAGCCACGCAGAUGGAAGCAUUUCUGCUAGAUGAAGGGACCGAGUAAGAUGCACAGCUGGUAAAUUUUAACACAGGCAAAAGGGCCUCUAGUCUUUGGAAGGAGUUUGAAGAAAUACUGCCUGAGUGUUUCUGAGCGUUGCUCUGCUUUUAAGUGCUCAGCAUGUCUUGGCUGCUCCAGCUCUGCAUGCUCUGACCAUGAGCAGCAAUUCCUCCCUCGGCAUCGUGAAGGGCCUGAGGAACCUCACCACGCAGGAAGAUGGGGCAGUCAGAGUCACCGAGUCCAUUGCUAUCAUCGUCAUUGCUAUUUUCAUCUGUUUGGGCAACCUGGUGAUUGUCGUCACCCUGUAUCGGAAGUCUUACCUUCUCACGUUGAGCAACAAGUUUGUGUUCAGCCUGACCCUUUCCAACUUUCUGCUCUCUGUACUGGUGCUGCCUUUUGUUGUCACCAGCUCCAUCAGGCGAGAAUGGAUUUUCGGAGUUGUUUGGUGCAAUUUCUCAGCCCUGCUCUACAUGCUGAUCAGCUCAGCCAGCAUGCUGACCCUUGGACUCAUAGCUAUAGACCGGUACUAUGCUGUCCUGUACCCGAUGGUUUACCCAAUGAAGAUAACGGGCAACAGAGCAGUGGUAGCUCUUGUGUACGUGUGGCUGCAUUCCCUUAUUGGCUGCCUCCCUCCUCUUUUCGGCUGGUCAUCUUUAGAGUUUGACCAGUUCAAGUGGAUGUGUGUGGCGGCCUGGCACAAAGAGGCCGGCUACACUGCCUUUUGGCAGAUCUGGUGCGCGCUGCUGCCUUUUGUGGUCAUGAUGAUCUGCUAUGGAUUCAUUUUCCGUGUGGCGAGGAUUAAGGCCCGCAAAAUCCACAGUGGUAGCGUCGUCAUCGUGGAGGAGGACUCGCAGAGGAACGGGAGGAAAAACUCCAGCACCUCCACGUCCUCGUCUGGCAGCCGAAGGAAUGCUUUCCAAGGGGUCGUUUACUCAGCCAACCAAUGCAAAGCUUUCAUAACCAUUGUGGUUGUCAUCGGGGCUUUCGUGAUUACGUGGGGGCCUUACAUGGUAGUAAUUACAUCAGAGGCACUUUGGGGAAAAAACAGUAUUUCCCCUGCUUUGGAGACAUUGGCUACAUGGUUGUCCUUUUCCAGUGCCAUUUGCCAUCCGCUAAUUUAUGGACUGUGGAACAAGACAGUGCGCAAGGAACUACUAGGGAUGUGCUUUGGGGAUCGGUACUAUCGCGAGUCCUUUGUUCAGCGGCAGAGGACGUCGAGGUUAUUCAGCAUUUCCAACAGGAUCACAGAUUUGGGACUAUCUCCUCAUCUUACUGCCCUCAUGGUGGGUGGACGGCCAUUAGGAAACAGCAGCAGCACAGGAGACACAGGUUUCAGCUGCUCCCAGGAUUCAGGAACAGAUACAAUGCUUCUUGAAGAUUAUAGCUCAGAUGGCCCUCAUGCCCCACACUGCAUCUGUCCUCCUCGACGGAGGAGUUCAGUGACAUUUGAAGAUGAAGUAGAGCAAAUUAAAGAAGCUGCAAAGAAUUCUGUUCUUCACGUAAAAGCCGAAGUCCAUAAAUCUCUGGACAGUUAUGCAACCAGUCUAGCAAGAGCUAUUGAAGCUGAUGUGAAACUCAGCUUGUUUGGGGAAGAUUCUUUACCAGGAGCCCUGUUCCCGGUGCGGACUCUGCCAGGAGGCAGCAUGAACACACGGCGUGGUGCCAGGCCCCAUGCCAGCCAAAGACUGAAGUUGCAGAGCAUCGAUGAAGGGAAUAUCUGACACCAGCACUGGAGUAAGAAAAGAGAACCACUAAGCAGGACCUAUUGCAGCUGUUAGUGUUUCAACAGAACCAGGAUACCUUGUCGGAAUGUUUUCAGUGUUUUUUCAACAUUUGAAAGCCAGCUGAAUUUUGGUACUUGCAUCAGCAUUUUACAGUAGUGUUUGUUUACUGUUUAGGGUGCUAUUGACUUUUCUGUGCCAUGUCUUUAUCACACAGUUCAUAGGAAUGGAGGGUUUAGUUUCGCUGACCAGAUUGUUAGUCUGUUGAAUCUUGGGUCCAUUAUUGGCCAAAGCUGAUAAAGGAAAAAAGCAGGAAAAGUAUGUGCAGUGUUUUAAUUUAUUGUUGUAUUCAUCAUCUUCUGAACACCAGGAUAAUCAGUUGAUACUUGAUAGCUGGAGUGCUCUGAUAGGAGCUUGUGCAUGGGAUACUGCAUACAGCCUUACUGUCACAGACUCCUAGAUGAGGAGCAUGGACUUUACUGAGGGCAAAACCUGAAUUUUUCAGAAAGCUCACACAGCUUAUAGUCCUACUUACCUUUGCUGGGGGAUAUUUCUGUUUGUUCAGCCAUCAGAAUGGCACAUCAGAUCUGACAGUGGAUUGUGCACUGCUUCAGAGGUACGGAGCACCAGCCUCUCUGGAUAUAGUGGGUGGGAGCAGACCUGUGCUGGAAAAGCAUAAAGAUGGUAUUUGAGGAAAUCGUUAAUGCAGAAUUCUUAGUUUCUCUGAGAACUUCAGCUCAUGUCCCUGGUUUUGCUUUUACUAAUAGGGCACUGUGUGGCUGUGCUAAGCUUGGCAGAAUAUAAACAAGAUAUUUCCACUUCAUAUUCAGGAUUCAUCUUUUCUAGAGAGAAAAGAGUUGUUUGGUGUUUUGUUUUUUUUAGUCAUGAGGGAAUGUAGUAUUUAAGCUAUACUUACCUCAGUGCUUCUAAUUCUUGGAGUAUUAAUUAAUCUCAAAAAUAAGAACAUUUGGCACUUAUAUUGCACUUUGCAUGUUCUUAAGCACUGUACAGACAUUACCUUGUUAGGCCUUUGUGAGAAGGUUGAUCAGCCCUGCUUGCCAAAGAACGGGAACUCAGCACAGUCAAGCUGCUGGCAGUGAAACAGUCUGCAAAGGUGGAAAGGUUUGUUAUUAAAAGAAGGAUUAGGUGGAUCAUACAAGUAUAUCCAGCUUCAGGAACCUUUCUGUGCCUUCCUGGGCUACCCCCUUCUGUACUUUGGAGGGGUUACAGCCCUGCCUUACUGCAUAUUUCAAGGAGAGGGAAACAAAAGUGAGCAGGAUAAUUCCUUGGGGGUGGGCAGUGAGUAGCAAAUGGACUUAAGGACCAAGGAUUUGCAUUUGUUUACUCUGUGUCUGCUCCCCUGUGCCUUCACCUUUCCCCAGAAGUGGCUUGUAUGAGGUUUUGCUGGAGAUUGUUUGGAAAUCAAGAGUAGGAUGUUUCCAUCUGAGCAAAAACUGGGUGUAGACUUGUUAAGUUUUGUCUUUGUGUGAGUUAUUCAGAGACACAGAAGUGUCGUGAGGCAGAGCCUCAGUCCAGUACUGUAUUUAGACAUCCUAUUUGUCUGUGUUCCUGACUCAGAAAUGUAUUUCAGCACAAGCUUAUGUCCAUCUCUGGACAAAGCAACUUGACUUUAUGAACUUGCCUGAGUCCCAUUAAGUUCCCAUGCAAAAUAUAACUGCAUACUUAAAAUUCAGUACAUGGUUUGCUGAUUUAAGAACAGGCUGUUACAGUAAGAACACUUAAGCUCCAAUAAGAUGGCUCUUUCCAUAAUGCAGGACUACAACAAUAAUAGGGAGGUUCUUACUCCUGCAUUUUUUGCUUCUAGUGUGUUAGAUAAAUUGGCACCUGUGGGCAUUCGUUAGAAAAGCAAAACUAAAAAUCCCAGUAUUUGCCAGGAAAUGCCCUGCAGUGAGGUCAUUAUUGCUAUCGUUAACAUUACAAUCACAGCUGCUUCUAGUACUCAGCACUCCUGAAGGAACAUGCUUGCCUGCUUGCCUCGAAGUAUUUUGUGUGCAUCCCUUUUAUUCAAUAUUCCUGCUUCGGAACAAGCUGAGCAAAGUCGUUGCUGAAUGUGAAAAGGGCACACAGUACGUAUGCAUUGUGGUGGAGUCGGUGCCGGCCCAAAACGGUCUGUGUUUAGGCAGAAAAAUUCCAGGGCAUAUGUGAAAGGACAAAAUCGUUAGUAUUGUGUAAAAAGCACAUUUUUCACACAGGUACUGAGCCAAAUUCAGCCUUCAGGCAGGUUGUAUCAGUUUACACCGUGACUGAAUUUGGCUCCUGUGUUAAUGUCACUAAUCCGUUAUUUAGUGUAAAUGUUGUUAAUAUUUUUGUAUACACGUUAUAACCCUUCUGUAAUUCUGCUACUACCCAAGUCAUUCUCUCACCUGAGUUGUCAUUAACGAAGAAAUGCACACGUUUUGUAAAACUGUAUUCCCCAUCCUAAAUACAAAAGAGAAAAAAAACCAAACACUUA